UCAUUACCCUAGGGGGAAAGUGUAGUGUAUCCGGUGUGAAUCUCCACCGUUCUAGACGCUACUGGACCCUUCCGAACUCUCCGCAUAAUCAAAUACCCCGCGAUACCAACAUCCAUUUCGAAUCUUCUCAGCUCGCACCGCCAUCUACUCCGAUCGGCCUCCCUCACUCACUCCCGCACAAGGAGAUACAGAACCAACACGUUGUUACCGAAACAUGUUCGGCGUCGUUUUCCCGAAUCGUAGUUUCCCUAUGGACAUCUCUACCUUCUCCCAAAUCGACACCUUCCACUGGGUCCUCGACAUGAACACCUUUGUCGGUGAGGCGUACGAUCAGGUUCGUGAAAUGUGCAUUUUCCUCCUCAACAGUUUCACUCUCCCACCGGACAAAGCCUUGGCCGUUUACAUCCAAUCCCCCGGCUCUCCCUUCCUCUUCUGUGGCGCGGUCACUCUGGGUCGCCCCUCGGCCGUGCUCUCGCUUCCGUGGCCCGAGCCGGGUGGGCAGAUGCAGCUCACCGCUGACGCCGCUCCGCUAUCGGCCAAAAUCGGGGUCUCCGUGGAGGACUUGGCCACGCUUCCCUCCCUCGAUGUGGUUGCCGAGAAGAAGAUUGAACGGCUCGCCUUGAAGGUCGGGGAGAAUCUGUUCAAUUUCAUGCAGUCAUUUUGCGGCGUUGACGGGAGCAAACUAGUGGUGCCUAUGGAUAUUUUGGAUCGGUGGUUUAAGAAGUUUCAGGAGAGGGCGAAGCGGGACCCGGAGUACUUGAAAGGCUUCGUUUUGUGAUCAUUCUGUUUAUGGAUGCAGCCCAGAAGCGAGCAUGAGCUCUGGCAUAUGGGCAAGUUGGGAAUAGUGGUUGAGCAGGCCAGACCUCAUCGAUAUAGCAGACUAUGAUCGUGGAUUCACAGAUGGGCUUUCCGUCAUGCAGCAAUACAGUCACCUUCUGGUGAGGGUUCGAUUUGAGUAACGGCUCGCUCUUUCCCCCAAACAAAUUCUCCGCUCUAUCUUCACGUUGCAGACCUUUUUCCUCCAGUGCAAUUUUUACUCGCAUGCUAAAUGGACUGGCCCAGCAAUCCAAAAGAACCACCUCUCCAG